AUGUCUCUCCGCACCGUGCUUUCGUCUGUGGUGGCCUCGACGACAAACCUCAAGGCCAAACUCCAGCGUCAUCUCCAGGCCAAUGAUCUCCAUUUGUAUCUGCAAGAAUUUCGAGAGAGGCAGCGAGCCAAGAUCGAACGCAAAUGGAUCUCCCAGCAUCGAGCGGAAACCCGGGUUGGCAAUCAGAUUAUCCAGCGCGAGAUGCACCUCGGGGCCAAACUCGCCUAUCUCCAGAACCAGGUCAAUGAACAGGUUUCUACGGACGUGGCAGACCUCAACGGCAUUCGCGCCUGCGAACUCGAACUCCGACAACUCAACCAUGACUUCGGGCACCACCAACAGAAACUGACAGACCUCGAAAAGGCCAAACCAUCUGGACCUCUUGUCCGCGAAUAUCUCCAAUCGCUGCGUCGAAGACCGAGAAAACUGUGGAAAAUCGAACAGGUCUACUGUCAGCUCCGCGGGGGCUGCUGUGCCCGCGACUGUGGCUGCUGCGAGCGAACCUGGAAGACGAUCCGGGAUCCCUCGGGGAGCGUGAGCUACAUGCACUGCACCCGGGCCUGUGGAUGCUGCGUGCGAUAUCGUGGCGUGUACUGUACCGAUCCCGAACUCAAGCACCUGAAGCCGCGGCCAGUCACUCGAAGUGGUCGAUAA